AUGGGAUGGGGCGGGGGCGCAAGGCGCGUGCCGAGCGGAAGACGCCGCGGUCGGUUAGAGCGCCGCUCAACGAAGCGCCGUAGGGGAAAGCGAGCGCAGCGGACUCAGUCCCGGCAUGGGCUGAGGCGGGCGACCUACGGCGCGGCGGGCGUAGCAGAGCUGCCUGAGGCACGGCCGGACUGCUGGGUAACGGGAGGUCCGGCUGGAGCAGGCACGGCAAAGCGGGCAAGACUGGUCGGGGGAGCCGCACCCGCGCCUUGGGGUCAGGGAGCUACGCUGCUGCCCGAAAGAGCUCCUUCCCGCCCCGGCAGUCUGUCCGCCCCUAAUCAUGCCGCCACCGUCGCCGCAAAGCCUGGGAUCUUUCGACCAGCGAACAUUCACCUCCUUAGACUAUUUCAUCUUCGCGCUCUCGCUGAUCUUCUCUGCAACCAUCGGGAUUUACUACCUCUAUAAGGGAGUCCACAAAUCUCACAAGGACUUUGUGAUGGCCGGCCGCGCGCUCAGCUGUGUGCCCGUCGCGCUCUCGCUCACGGCCAGCUUCAUGUCGGCGGUGACCGUGCUGGGGACUCCGGCCGAGGUCUAUACCUUUGGCAUCAAGUUCGGUCUCUUUGCCUUCGCCUAUGCCUUCAUGGUGGUGAUCAGCGCUGAGGUGUUCCUACCCGUUUACUACCGGCUGCAGCUCACCAGCGCCUACGAGUAUCUGGAGCUUCGCUAUAAUAAAUAUGUGCGUCUGACUGGGACAUUGAUGUUUAUAAUACAAACGGUAUUAUACACUGGAAUUGUUAUAUAUUCUCCAUCCCUGGCUUUGAAUCAAGUUACAGGAUUUCAGUUGUGGGGAUCUGUUGUUGCAACAGGAAUAGUCUGUACUUUCUAUUGUACACUGGGAGGCCUAAAGGCAGUAAUCUGGACAGAUGUUUUCCAGUUUCUGAUGAUGAUAUCUGGUUUUAUAUCAGUGAUUAUAAGGACUGCUGAACUGAAAGGAGGAAUCGCUCCUAUUAUAAAUGAUGCUCGCGAUGGAGGGAGACUGGACAUCUGGGACUUUAACCCAAACCCUUUGCAAAGACAUACUUUCUGGACACUCUUAAUUGGUGGCACUUUUACUUGGCUUGGCAUAUAUGGAGUAAAUCAGUCUCAAGUUCAGCGAUACCUUGCUUGCAAAUCACUAGUUCAUGCAAAACUUUCUCUGUAUUUAAAUCUUGUGGGACUCUGGGUAACUCUCAGUUGUGCAGUGAUGUGCGGACUCUGCAUGUACUCUAUAUACAAGGAUUGCGACCCAUGGACUGCGCGGGUUGUGUCAGCACCAGAUCAGCUCAUGCCAUAUUUGGUAUUGGAAAUUUUGGGAAGUGUUCCAGGAAUUCCAGGACUUUUUGUGGCUGGGACCUACAGUGGGACGUUAAGUACAGUGUCAUCCAGUAUCAAUGCAUUAGCUGCUGUAGCUGUAGAGGACCUGAUUAAACCAUGUUUUCAUCAUGAGCUGUCUGACCGACACUUGUCAUCUAUUUCCAUGGGAAUGAAUCUGUUUUUUGGUGCACUGUGCCUUUUCAUGGCUGCUUUAGCAUCUUUUCUGACCAGCUUGUUACAGGCUGCACUCAGUAUUUUUGGAAUUGUUGGUGGCCCUCUUUUGGGAAUAUAUUCUUUGGGUAUCUUUUUGCCAUUCGCAAAUGCUAAGGUUACAAGCAUCCUUCUUCAUGCAAGAGAUCCAUGUAUACACAGACUCCGAUCUUUUGUAUGUGCAAGCUCCUCCAUGUGUGCAUAUGAAGGGUGCAUUUUCAGGUCUCCUUUGUGGAGUUACUACUGUAAUGUGGAUUGGAAUUGGUGCUCAGAUACACCCGCCACCUCGUUACAGAACUGAACCAUUACACCUUUCAACAGCUGGCUGUCAACAGCAAUACAACUGGACUAUUGCCACUACUAUCGCAAAACCUCCAACUCCUCCAAGACCUUCCAUCCAAGAGUAUUGGUACUCCGUGUCCUAUCUAUACUUCAGCUUAAUAGGAACCACGGUCACAUUUAUUGUGGGAGCAAUUGUGAGCCUAUCAACAG